GGCCACGCUCGCGCCGCUUUGCAGACGCCGCCGCCGGGAGUCCUCGUCUUGGUCCCAUCCGCCGGACAUCGAUCCCCGCCGCCUCUGCCUCCGCCGUCGCGCCCAGCCCAGGCAUCCGUGGCCAUGGCCAACCCCAGCGUGUACUUCGACAUCGCCGUCGACAACGAGCCCCUGGGCCGGAUUACUUUCGAGCUCUUUGCAGACAAGGUUCCAAAGACAGCAGAAAACUUCCGUGCCCUGAGCACUGGAGAGAAGGGAUUUGGUUACAAGGGAUCCUGCUUCCACAGAAUCAUUCCUGGGUUCAUGUGCCAGGGUGGUGACUUCACACGCCAUAAUGGCACUGGUGGCAAGUCCAUCUAUGGGGAGAAAUUUGCUGAUGAGAACUUCAUCCUGAAGCAUACUGGUCCUGGCAUCUUGUCCAUGGCAAAUGCUGGACCCAACACAAAUGGCUCCCAGUUUUUCAUCUGUACUGCUAAGACUGAUUGGUUUCCAUUUAAAACUUAUGACUCCUGAACUAACAGCAGUUGGAGAAUCUUUACAAUUGCAGUAUGCAACCUUUUGACUGGCUCAUAGUAAACUUUAUGGUGUUUCCAUUGCUUUUAGAUAGAAGGUACGUUGGUCCAGUGUUUAUAGUAGUCAGUUGGUUAACUAGCAUCAAAUUGGUAGUUACAUCAACAGUACUCAGCUGUAAGUCCUGUUCAGCCACCCACUGAGAGUUGUAGCUGGCUUAGGGUGGCACAACUAUUCAGAUUCCUAGGCAACAAAGCAAACUAGUCACUUAUCUUCAUGAUGAUUCCUACUUAAUUCCUUUAGGUUGGAUGGCAAGCAUGUGGUCUUUGGCCAAGUGAAAGAAGGCAUGAACAUUGUGGAAGCCAUGGAGCGUUUUGGUUCUCGGGAUGGCAAGACCAGCAAGAAGAUCACCAUUGCUGACUGUGGACAACUCUCAUAAGUUUUUUUUGUUUUGUUUUUUGUCUUAACCAUCAAACCAUUCCUCUGUAGCUGGAGAGAGCACCCCUGAACCCCAUCUGCUCUUACAUCCCGUAAUCCUUGUGCUCUCACUUGCUGCAAUUCUCUUGGGAUUUCAUUUCCUUCUUCCAUAAGUCUGGCUAGACAACAGAGUUAAGUUUAUGAUUAUGAAAUAAAAACUAAACGACACCUGAA